GUCGGUCGUCGGACCCGGCAAUUUACAUUUCGACGUACUGUGCUGCCAAGCCAAUGCGUGGAGAGUUUUCAUUCGCUGAAAGUGAGUGCUGAGAUAGUCAUGGCUAACAAUUUGCCAAAAAUAUCAGGAAAUAUUAUAUUUCUAUUAUGUAUUUUGGUCACCAUGUUCUCCUGUCCAGAGAGCAGUUCAUCAGUUGUAGGUUUGAAUCAGGGAAAUGUUGAUACAAUCUUAAAUGGCAAUCAAGUUGUUUUUGUUAAUUUUUAUGCAGAUUGUUCAGAUGAUAUAUCAACCAAGUACCAUAUUACUAAGUAUCCCACCUUGAAGUUAUUUCGCAAUGGACGUAUUGCUAAGCGUGAAUAUCGGGCUCAGCGCUCGAAGGAAGCUUUCGUUAAAUUUGUACAAGAUCAAAUGGCCGAUCCAAUUGUAAAAUGGGCAAAGCCCAGUGAUAUAGAUAAUAUUGAUGAAAAAAAGCGUUCAGUGAUCGGUUACUUUAAUGGACCGGACAACAAUUUCCAAAACUUUGUAAAAGUAGCAAAUAUACUGAGAGAUGACUGUACGUUCUAUGCUGGAGUAGGUGAUAAUUUCAGAUCGGAACUUACUUCAGGUCCAAGUAUUAUGUUUAGACCCCCAAAGACGAAAGAACGUGAUAUGUUGUACCUUGGUCCACUGACAAACUUUGACCUUUUGGUUACUUGGAGUAAUGAUAAAUGUAUGCCUUUGGUACGAGAAAUUACAUUUGAAAAUGGAGAGGAAUUGACAGAAGAGGGAAUACCAUUCCUUAUCUUGUUCCAUGAUCCAAGUGACACAGAGAUUGUGCAGAAAUAUAAUGAUAUAGUUGCUCGAGAAUUAGUUCCUGAAAGAGGUAAAAAUAUUUUCCAACAACUUCUCAGCACAUAUAUAUAUAACCCUCUGUCUCAUCUGGGCAAAUCAAGCAGGGAUCUACCCGUCCUAGCCAUUGAUAGUUUUAGACAUAUGUACCUUUUCAAAGAUAUAAAACAAAUGAAUGUUCCAGGCAAACUACGACAGUUUAUAAAGGAUCUGCAUUCAGGAAAGCUUCAUCGUGAAUUUCACCACGGCCCAGAUCCGACAGAAAAACAACAGACCGAAAAGCAAACAGAUUCCCCUACUGCCAAUAAAGUGGAGAAGCGUGACGUCCCCGACACGCCUCCGGAGAGCACGUUCGUGAAAUUAAAACCAAGCACUCAGCGAUACUCUAUGGCUCGCGAUGAGCUUUGAGAUUUUCAGUGUUUUAUACAGUACUCUGUUCACGCUAUCAAAUUUUCUUUGACAAAAAAAAACCUGUUAUGCCCAUAAAUAGUCAUGAUGUGCCUAUAUAUGGUCAUGAUGUGAUGUCAUCAUGACCAUAUUUAGACAUGUCACAUGUUUUUGUCAAAUAACAUUUGAUAGUCUGGGCAGGGUUUUAUAAAUGCUUAGACAUAUUUGUCCAAUUUUUUCCUCUUUUUGUUUUUAAUUGUGUGGCCAACAUUUGGUGAGAGAAUUUUCUACUUUAACUAAAUUAAAUCGAUUUCGAUGUGAGUUAAUUAAAUGUAAUUACUUACUGCUUAUUCUGUCUUGUUUGUUUAUUUUUUAAAAUUUGCUGUUUUAAUUCAGUUGAAUUGCGUCUGUUGCUUGGACAUAACAUUUAUAUUUCUAAUCUGAUAACAAAGGCUUCUUGAUUGUCUUUUUUUUUAAACAUUUUUUCAAUAAAUUGUGAUAUGAAUCGCUAAUCAAUGAAUAAACAAUAAAUACAUCAGUCAGUCAAUUAUCUCUAGGCCCUGCAAUAUUCAUAGGUAAAUCAAAGUAGUUAUUACUCGACCUGUUAAUGUUUAAAAGUACACUGCCAACCUAAACUAAUAUGAACUUAUGAAUUAAAUUAAUUGUUUUCUAUGCUUUAAUAAGUUACUUACAUUCAAAUUAGAAUUGGAAAAAUAUUUUUUCUUGGUAAUUAUUUGAACUUAAAUAUAGCAUUCUUUUAAUAUAAUAUAAUAAUAAUAACAUAACAAUAUAACUAUAACAUAUAAUAAUAAUAUAUAAUGUUAUAUUAUAUAAUAAUAUAACAUUGAAAACCUUUUUUCAAUUUAUCACUUAAAGUAAAUCACUUACGCUCUUUUAAAUGGGAAAUUCAAAUUAAUUUGUAAUCUAUUUUUUUCUUGGUAUUUGGGUGACAGUAUACCUUUAAAUGUGAGCCAACAAAAAAAAAAAAAAAAACAACUACUUGAACAGGGAAUUUCUUACUUUGUAUAUUUUAGAAAAAUAACAUUUUUCUUAUUGGUUAACAGGCAAAUAAAUAUCACCAUUGCUAUGUUCUUUGCACAGACUCUUAAAUUAGCUGGCAGUGACUUUAAGGAUUUUUUACAUAAAAGAGACCUGCUACCAUAAAAUAAGAGUAAAAUUGACAUGUCAAAAAUAAAUUCUCAUAUAUUGUACACAAAUUGUACAUUACCACAGAGUUUAAAUCAUUAAAAUCAAUUGAGAAAUAACCGAGAUAUGAUUAAAAUGAAAUACUCCAUUGAACUGUGUGAGAUAGGAUAUUUACUUAUAUUUCGACUUAUCGAUCUUAAUUUUACACACAGCGACUUUACUCACAAUAUUGUGGUGGCAGGUCUCAAAAAGUCUGUAAAGGCUAACUCAGAUGGCGUCGAACAAUGCAGCCCGACACGAUUCAUCAUCGGGGACAGUCUUAAGCCGUGGUGAUAAAUAUUCAACAUGUUAAAUAUACUACGACGUGACUGUCCCCCACACAAACUAUCGCGUCUGCAUUUAACUCGCAUAGACCUGAUGCGACAACAAAUUAACAUUAAGCUGGGUUGUACGACGCUGUCUGAGUUGGCCUUAAAUCAACAAAAACAGAGUUGUUUUAAUCUGUUUAUCAUUCAGUGUUCAGCUUUUGCCCACACUAUCAAAUUUUCUUUGACAAAAAACUGUUUUAUGCCCAUAAUAUAGUCUUGAUGUGCCUAUAUAUGAUCAUAAUGUGACAUCAUCUUGACCAUAUUUAGGUAUGUCACAUGUUUUUAUCAAAUAAAAUUUGAUAAUCUGGGCAGGGCUCUAUAAUUAAAUGUCAGCAGGUAAUCCCACUACAUCUAUGAUAAUAUUACGUGGUAAAUUUAAUUAAUAUAUUUUAUAAGGGGUUACAAAUUUAUUUUGAGAUUAGCUUUUUUAUUUGUGACUAAACCAUUAGCAUUGCCUUCCUCCUCAAGAUAGUUGUGUGCUUAUGUAAUAAUUGAAGGUGAAAAAACACCAGGUGUAACAGUUAAAAACAUUAGAGAAUGCAAGUUAAAGUAUUUUAUUCAGGACGCUAUGGAGCACAGGGGUUCCAAGUUGGAAGAACCCACGAUCUUAAAUGAGCUUUCCUUAAUUUAUUUUGCUGCGUAUGUUAAUAACCAAAUGCCAGAUCCUUGCUUCCUCGUGGGAGUGUGUAUCCCGAGUUCUGGGAGACUUCCCGCAACUCGCAGGAUACUUGGAACCCCUGCUAUUGAGUAAUAUUUAGGAAAAAAUUGUUUUUUUUUUUAAUUAUACCUUAAAUAGUAUUGUUUUGUUUAGUUUGUUAAUACAUUGGUACAUUGAUUAUGUGUAGAAUAUCUUUAUAUUAUACUAUAAUUUUAAUAAAAUUUUAAUUCAAUAAUGCUGCGACAUUUUACCAUCAUUAGACCUACAAAUCCUGUGAAAACAAUAUUGACUGGCCAAUGGAUACAUCUCUUGUCUCCUAUCAUCUGCAGAUUGUAAUGUGUGACAUGAUAAUCAUUUUUAUUUGACAAACCUUCACUCUACUGUUUUCAUUUAUUUAUUUUUUUUCACUUUAUUUGUGUAGUUAUUCCUCUACUGCUCUCUUUUCUGUUUUCAUAAAGACGAAUGUUAUAUGCACUAUACAAGUGCACAGCCAUUGACCAUAAUCCUAAAUAAAAUCAUGUUUAAUUUGUUUAAUGUAUUGUCAGAUGGAAACUAGAAAACUUUAUAAUUGUAAUUUUGUAGUGAUUUAACUACUGAUCCAUCUCUUCUUUCUGGUGAUUAAUAGUACACAUUGUUUUCUUAACUCCCAUUUACAUAAUCAUA